AUGGAAGACAAAGACACCGACAAUCGCCCAAUCGACGAUCGCCCAAUCAGAUUGGAUGGUCGCACCGUGGCCAGGGCAAUCAUCAGGCACGACCGAAAGCAAGCAAUCGAGUCAGCGAAUGCAGCUGCGUCUCAUGUCUCUACUCCGGAUGAUAUCCAAUUCUGCACCUUCAGCGAUGGAAGCCAUAGCAAUGACACUGAGAACUGGGGUGGAGUUGCGUUGGCGUACAGACAAAAUUGGCUGCCGCAGGGAUGGGCUGCAGAGCGCGAGGCCACAUAUUGUGGUGGGUUAAUUGUUGAGAGCGCCUGGUCGUUUGUCCCCUCGGACAUGGUUGCGAAGGCCUGGCCAUUUGGCUACGCGGUUGGGUCACUGGUGAUGGAGGGCGUGGGCGUCUUGGAAUCCCUACAUGCAGCAAACGAAGAGCUCGACACCGUCGUGGUCAGAGCGAUGACGGAUUGUCAGGAACUUCUCCAAUACACCUCGAAAGCAACGCUGACGGCAAGCCAAGCCAAGAGGCUUCCUCGACGAUUGGUCAAACAUAUGCACGAUCUGAUCCUAGCACUGCAAGAUCACGGUAUCCCUGUGGUCGUGGAGCUGCAUUGGUGCCCACGAAACAGUGUGCCACAAUUGUUGACGGCUGAUGCGCUGGCAGGCGAGGCGAUGAGAAGUGGCCUGGGAUACUGCAAUGUCACACAGAACUUCUGGUCUAAAGCCAUGGAGUCGGUGACCAUGAAGCAGCUGGAGCCGAUGCUCUCGGAAGCCGUCAGGUUCGCUCGUGUCGUUGUGGACGAGGAAAUCAAGAACUUGAAGACAAGACGGGGGAAGAAGGCCGGAGAAAAACGCAAGGCAGAAGAGGAAUGGGAAGAGAGCGAGAGGAGGCCAAGAAAGAAGUCAAGGCGAUCAAAAGCUCAACCAAGAAAACAACAUCGGCCCACCAUGCCGGCUACCUGGGGACUGGACGCCGAGACCACGACAGUUUUCACAAGCGGCCCUGGAGGAAUACACAGUGAGAUACCUGUUCGGCACGCUCCAUAA